AUGCACUUCUCCAUGCAGUCUCUGGCCCUGGCCACUGCUCUUCUCAUCAACGGCGUCCUCGCAGGCGCAGGCGCCCAAGUAAAGGCCUGCGUCUGGUUCACCACCAAGCCUCAUUCGCCCGUCCAAUUCAACUGGAACACCUGCGGCAGCUCCUCCCACUGCAUGUACUGCAGUGGCCUGCCCAAGCCGACCAUGACCGUCUCAGAGGCGGGCAUGACCUGCGUCGACCUCGGCAAGGUCGAGUCCAAGUCGAGCAACACCAUGUUCUUCGACUUCUGCUCCACCGACGAGAGCCACUGGGAGCUAUCGUACAACUCGCCCUCGUCGUCGUACAGCGGCUCCGUGUCCAGCCGAUGGCGCGGCGGCGGCUUGAGGCACAACUAUAUCGAGUUUGACAAGGACAAGUACUCGGCGGGCACGAGCGUUUGCGGGACCAAGUCUGCUUGUGUGGACACUCAGACGAACUGGGAUUCGGGAUCUGAGCCUGAUAUCUAUUUUGUCUUUCGCCCGCAGCAGCAACAAGGGAAGACUUGGGCUGCGGAGGGGAUUUCAGCUAAAGAGUACGCGGAUGUUGGAAAAGCCGCGAUUUUUCACGAUCAAUCUGACCUCUAG